AUGGCCAUGCCCAGUUCCCUUUUGUGGGCUGUUGACAUUUUUGGGCGGGUUUACACUCUGCCUACUGUUGGCCAGUACUGGGAGCUCUGUAAGGACACACAGCUGGAGUUCAAACGGGUCUCUGCUGUCAAACAGUGCUGCUGGGGAAUAGCCUGUGACCAUCAAGUAUACACCUACGUGUUCUCGGGUGACGUUCCUAUUAGAUACCAGGAAGAAACCUAUGAGAAUCAGCGCUGGAAUCCAGUUGGUGGCUUUUGUGAGAAAUUACUGCCCAGUGACCGCUGGCAGUGGAGUGAUGUGAGCGGGCUAAAACAUCAGCAGCUUGAUAGUUUCACACUGCCUUCACCACACUGGGAGUGGGAGUCUGACUGGUAUGUGGAUGAAAAUAUUGGAGGGGAACCAACAGAGAAAGGGGGCUGGACUUACGCCAUAGACUUCCCCAGCACCUACACAAAGGAUAAGAAAUGGAAUUCUUGUGUCAGACGCAGGAGGUGGAUCAGAUACAGGAGAUACAAAUCACGGGAUGUUUGGGCGAAGAUCGUAUCACACGAUGAUCCAGAUCAAUUGCCAGACCCUUUCAAUGACAUCUCUGUUGGAGGAUGGGAAAUCACCGAUGAGCCUCUUGGCCGUUUAUCAGUGUGGGCGGUUUCUUUACAAGGAAGGGUAUGGUACAGAGAAAACGUCUGCCAUCACAGUCCAGAAGGUUCGGUGUGGUCCUUAGUCACCACUCCUGGUGAAGUUGUACAGAUCAGCUGUGGACCAUAUGACCUCCUUUGGGCAACUCUUUGGGAAGGGCAAGCUAUUGUGAGAGAAGGCAUUGAUAGGAAUAACCCUCAAGGAAUUUCCUGGAGUAUUGUGGAGUCUCCAAGCUCUGAAAAUGGGAUUAUGCACAUCUCUGUGGGUGUUGAUGUGGUGUGGUGUGUUACAAAGGAUAGAAAAGUGUGGUUCAGAAGAGGAGUGAACUCACAUAAUCCUUGUGGGACAAGCUGGAUUGAAAUGGUUGGAGAAAUGAUGAUGGUAACUGUAGGGUUAAAUAACCAGGUCUGGGGAAUCGGCUGCGAUGACAGAGCCAUUUAUUUUCGUCAAGGUGUCACACCAAGUGAGCUCAGUGGGAAGACUUGGAAGGCAAUUGUAUCUGGCCGAGAGAGUGACAGAUCUCAGUCUGGGAGCUCAACAAGUCUGCUCAGUGCUGGCUGUUUCUUUACUGAUGAUAUUCAGAACCAAACGAACGCGAUCAUUCAGGGUGAUGCAGAUACUUCCUCUGAUACAGAGCUUCCCAGUGUACCCAUGAACCUUGCCAACACUCCCCCGAUGGGAGCUGCAGCCGGCAGCGCUGGUAACGGCACAGGCAACCAGACAGCAGAGCUAUGUGCAAAUUUGACUGUGGAUCCUCUGGACCCUGAUCAAGGAGGAGCUGCUGUUGCUUCAACUGAUAAUGAGAAUGCUAAUGUUGAAAUGCAGAAGUCUCCUACAAACCCAAGUCCUUCUGCAGAACUGCAGUGGACAAACAUUGACUUGAAGGAGGCCCAAAAGCAUCCAGUCCUCUCCGUCAGCACCUUUGCAGAAACAUCCAGCCUGUCUUCCCUUGGCAUGUUCUCAGUGGGAGCUGAAGAACAGUACGGAGCCGAUGAGCACCCACUGUGGGCUUGGGUGUCUGGGGGAGGCUGUCUUGUAGAUUUGCACAGCCCAUUGAAAUGGUUCACUGUUCCGUCAGGUUUGUCAUCCUGUGUGCAAUCUCUGUCUCUGUCUAUCACUCCAGCACAGACAGCAGCAUGGCGAAAGCAGAUUUUUCAGCAGCUCAGUGAAAGGACAAAGCGGGAACUGGAGAAUUUUAGGCACUACGAACAGGCUAUUGAGCAGUCAGUUUGGGUUAAAACUGGAACUUUGCAAUGGUGGAGGAAUUGGAAGCCUCAUAAAUGGAUGGAUGUUCGAGUUGCACUUGAGCAGUUCACUGGGAGUGAUGGAAUGCGCGACAGCAUCCUGUUCAUCUAUUACAUGUAUCAUGAGGAGAAAAAGUAUAUCCACAUGUUCCUGAAUGAAGUCACUAUUAUAGUUGAAGUUCUGAAUGAAGCCAAACACUCCUUUGCACUGUAUACGCCUGAAAGGACAAAGCAGCGAUGGCCAAUCCGCCUGGCAGCCACAACAGAGCAAGAAAUGCAUGACUGGCUGUCUUUGCUGAACAUGUCCUGUUGUGAAAGCAGACGGAUUCAAGGCCCUCCUUCUCACCAUGCCAUUUGGUCAGUUACUUGCAAAGGAGACAUCUUCGUUAGUGAGCCAAGUCCUGAACUGGAGGCUGGACCACACCUGAUGCCGUGUGAUCAAAUGUUUUGGCGUCAAGUUGGAGGUCACCUGCGACUGAUAGAGUGCAAUAACCAAGGCAUAGUGUGGGGCAUAGGAUAUGAUCACACAGCUUGGGUUUAUACUGGUGGCUAUGGAGGUGGCUUCAUUCAAGGACUGGCCAGUAGUGCUGAUAACAUCUAUACGCAGUCAGAUGUGAAAUGUGUUUACAUCUAUGAGAACCAACGGUGGAACCCAGUCACUGGCUAUAGCAGCAGAGGUCUGCCCACGGACAGAUAUAUGUGGAGCGAUGCAUCUGGCCUGCAGGAAUGUACAAAAAUAAAUACCAAGCCUCCUUCUCCGCAGUGGUCUUGGGUAUCCGACUGGUAUAUUGAUUUUAAUACUUCAGGCGGAACUGAUCGGGAAGGCUGGCAGUAUGCAGCAGACUUUCCAGCGUCCUACCAUGGUCACAAGACAAUGAAGGACUUUGUCCGACGGAGGCGCUGGGCAAGAAAAUGUAAGAUAGUCACCAACGGGCCAUGGCUGGAAGUGCCUCCUGUUACCCUGUGGGACAUCUCCAUAAUUCCCAGUUCAGAUGCAGAUGACGAAGAAGCAGUAGCACUGUGGGCAAUCAGUGACAAAGGAGACGUGCUCUGCAGGCUUGGAGUGACACAGCAAAACCCAGCUGGAACAUCCUGGCUGCACGUGGGAACAGAUCAGCCUUUCAUUUCCAUCUCAAUUGGAGCAUUUUACCAAGUGUGGGCUAUUGCUAGAGAUGGUUCUGCCUUCUAUCGGGGCUCAGUGUCUCCAAAGAAACCUGCAGGUGACUGUUGGUACCAUAUUCCUUCACCUCAAAAACAAAAGCUAAAACAAGUCUCGGUAGGACGAACGUCUGUGUUUGUGUUGGAUAAAAACGGCAAUCUUUGGUACCGGCAAGGUAUCACACCAAGCUACCCUCAAGGAUCUACUUGGGAUCAUGUUUCAAAUAAUAUCCGUAAAAUAUCUGUAGGACCCCUGGACCAGGUCUGGGUGAUAGCUGACAAAGUGCAAGGAAGUCAUAGUUUGAGCUGUGGGACCGUCUGCCAUCGGACUGGUGUGCGACCAAUGGAACCUAAAGGCCUCUCAUGGGAUUAUGGUAUUGGGGGUGGAUGGGAGCACAUCACAGUCAGAGGAAAUGCAACAGAAGCAUCUAGGGUUGCUACACAUGACACUUCUGAGGAAAACCCUGCAGUAUCAAAGGAUUUAGAAGAUGAGGAGAGUAAAGGGAAAACAGAACACUCUAAAACCCCUCUGAUGGUCAGUGAAAGUCAAGAAUUGGACAGAAAUGCUGUUAAUUGUUAA